AUGGCGUCUACCUCAAACCAGGCUGUUUACCGUGCCACCACCACCGCUCCGGUGAACAUUGCUGUUAUCAAAUAUUGGGGAAAGCGCGACACUGUUCUUAACCUCCCGACCAAUUCCUCCCUCUCGGUCACUCUCUCCCAACGUUCUCUCCGUACAUUGACCACUGCCUCUUGCUCUGCCAACUACCCAAGUGCGGACACCCUGAACCUGAACGGCAAGCCGCAGGACAUCCAGUCUUCCAAGCGGACACUUGCUUGUAUCGCUAGCCUCCGUGCUCACCGCAAGGCCCUUGAGGAUGGCGACUCUUCCCUCCCGAAGCUCUCCACCCUCCCCCUCCGGAUCGUCUCCGAGAACAACUUCCCCACCGCCGCCGGUUUAGCCAGCUCUGCCGCUGGCUUCGCAGCCCUGGUCCGCGCCAUUGCUGACCUCUACCAACUGCCUCAGACGCCCACGGAGCUAAGCCGCAUUGCUCGCCAGGGAUCCGGAUCUGCCUGCCGCUCUCUGAUGGGCGGAUAUGUUGCAUGGCGCACGGGCGAGCUUGCCGAUGGCAGCGACAGCCUGGCUGAGGAAGUUGCCCCUGCAUCCCACUGGCCUGAGAUGCGGGCGAUUGUUCUGGUCGUCAGCGCCGAGAAGAAGGAUGUUCCUAGUACCGAGGGCAUGCAGACUACUGUGGCCACAUCCGCUCUCUUCGCCGAGCGCGCCCAGCACGUCGUGCCCGCGCGUAUGGCCGCCAUUGAGAAAGCCAUUCAGAACCGCAAUUUCCACGACUUCGCGGAGAUUACCAUGCGCGACUCGAACACCUUCCACGCCACUUGCCUCGACUCGUGGCCUCCUAUCUUCUACAUGAAUGACGUCUCUCGUGCUGCCGUCCGCCUUGUGCACGACAUCAACCGUGUUGUUGGCCGGACGGUCUGUGCCUACACUUUUGAUGCUGGCCCAAAUUCUGUCAUCUACUACGAGGAUAAGGACUCUGAGCUUGUGGCUGGUACUGUCAAGGCUAUUCUUGGCCCUAACUCUGAAGGUUGGGAUGGUGCCUUCUACGAGCGACUGGCCAAUGUCACUGCUCCUGGUGUCUCCUUGGAGCAGGUCGACUCUCGCGCCAUCGAGGUUCUGAAGGAUGGUGUCAGCCGUGUCAUCCUGACCGGUGUCGGCGAGGGCCCUGUCAAAGUUGAGAACCACCUUGUCAGCGAGACUGGCGAGAUCCUCAGCACCCUAUAA